AUGAGAAUUUGUUCACUCGCCGUUGUCGGACUUUCGACAGCAGCCGUCGCUUUAUCCAUUACUAAACCCGACCAGGCUGUCCUCGGCAAUGACAAUCAAGAUCUGUACCUCGUUGAAUUAGGCCCAGGAGAAAGAAGAUGGAUCGCAGAAGACGAGAAGUGGGCACUAAAACGAGCUGGUGUUAAUUUUAUGGAUGUAACAGAAACUCGUGACCUCGGAUUAAAUGUUAAAAGAGAUGUCACUGUCCAGUUCCCAAACAAACCAGCAUACAACGACAGCUUGGUGCCGUUGUUGAAAGAGCUAAAGCAAAAGAAUAUGCACAAGAACUUGGAGAAGUUUACAUCCUUCCAUACCCGAUAUUAUCGGUCUCCCUAUGGUGCGGAGUCCUCCGCUUGGCUGUACAGCAAAGUCAACCAGACCAUCCAAAACUCUGGAGCUGCAGAAUAUGGCGCCCGUGUGGAGACUUUCGAACAUUCUUGGGGGCAAAACAGCGUCAUUGCUACAAUACCUGGGAAGAGCGAUAAAACCGUGGUGAUCGGCGCACAUCAAGAUAGCAUCAACCUCUUCCUGCCCUCAAUACUUUCUGCUCCUGGCGCAGACGACGAUGGCAGCGGCACUGUCACCAUUCUCGAGGCUCUGAGGGUUCUGUUAGAGUCUGAAGCGAUCAUCAAAGGAAAUGCAUCCAAUACUGUGGAAUUCCAUUGGUACUCCGCCGAAGAGGGCGGACUACUUGGGAGUCAGGCUAUCUUCUCUGCUUACGAAAAGGAAGGUAGAGACGUCAAAGCAAUGUUGCAACAGGAUAUGACCGGCUACACUCACAAGACGAUUGAAGCAGGAGAACCCGAAAGUGUUGGUGUGAUUACAGACUUUGUUAACCCAGAUCUCACCGAAUUUAUCAAGAAAAUCAUUACACAGUAUUGCUCGAUACCCUAUAUUCUCACCAAAUGUGGCUAUGCAUGCUCUGAUCAUGCAUCCGCGUCGAAGGCUGGCUAUCCCUCCGCUUUCGUUAUUGAAUCGGAUUUCAAGUACAGCGAUAACAAGAUUCACACAUCGCAAGACAAGAUAGAGUUCCUCAACUUUGUGAAUCCAUUCGCCAAACGCGAUAAGCACGACAAGCGAGCGAUCAUCGUCUUCAGAUUUUUGACCUUGUUCACCUGGCUUCUCGUAUUCGUCGUUAGCAUUCUGUUCAACGUUAAGGCUCCGGCGAAUGGUGAGACUAUCUGGGACCAGAACAAGGCACAUCCUACUCCGUUCUCGCUCAACGCUGAGACUACCUCCAUAUACUGGCUAUUACUCCUCAUGCUACAACUCGGCUACCUAUACUGCCUUUUCACCUUCGACGCCGAGCUAGUCAAGGUCGCCGCGAAUGUCGGCUCUCACUUCAUCGUACACAAUCUUCUCACGUCCGCAUUUAUCCUUCUGUGGGUGCACUCCCUCUUCUGGAUCGGCGAAUUGAUGCUCGUUAUGAACUCGUUCAACUUGACGUCGCUCUACUUCCGGCAUCUCCGAACCCAACCUUUCAUCCACAUACCUGUCGUCACCGGUCCACUUGCUUGGAAUUUUGUCGCCGUUUUGUCGAAUGGAGCUGCGAUGGUUGGCGCUCAAAGUCUCGCUGCCAGGAUUCUAGCAAACGUGGCUAUUUGGUCUAUUCUGCUCUAUGGCAUCUUUUUCAUGGGCGCCUUUAAGGAUCAUACUAUUGGCUUCGAGUUGGCCAUCCUCUCGGCAUCCCUCGCAAUACAUCAACAUGGUAUCAGGAUUCUCGCCCUUCAAUGGAUCUUUGCUGUUGCGAUCGCGAUGCUGCUCCUCGCAGCAGCCCUCGCUAUCUCACUUCCACCGAUCUUCGGCAAAGAACUCAUAUGGCGGAGGCUGGACGACGACUUGGACUACGAAGACCGUGAGAGAGAGCCUUUGUUGGGGAAUGAGUAG